AUGGAUUACCAUCGGGCCCAACAAAAUUUGCAACUGCUCAAUGAUUGUGGAGAGCAAGAUGUUUGUAGUGGCAACGCAGUGGAUGAUGAAGUAGCUGAUACCAGAUCGAUGGCGAGUACUCAGAUCCCAGACCUAAACUUCUCAUCCGACGUCGAAGCAAAUGUUCAAGACCUAGCUCCAAACGACGAAAGAGUGUUUCUUAGUACGCAGGUCCAGAGUCGAUUAGAUGAUGCAGAAGAUGAAUCUGAAAUGAAAUCGCAGCUGCGAAAAUUCAAGUAUCCUCAACUCAGUAUGAAAUCACUAACGACACUAACUCACAAGUCUAUAAGCCCUAAAAAGUCUAGCCAGCCGAAACAAAGAGUUGCAAAGAGGAAUAUCAAGAAGGCCAGAAGUAGUACAAAUGCAACCCCCUCUAAUAUCGAUUCUCAUAGCCGUUCUCGAAGCGUGAACUUAUUGAAGCAGCUUUCAGGUAAGCAUAGUAAAGUAAAAGAUAUGAUCAAAUCGCAAAACAACAAGAGACGACCAUCAAAUAGAAAGAACGAAUCCUUGGUUUUAUUUGAUACGUAUAACGCGGAAGAAUGGAACACUUUGAAGGACCAAAUCCUGCUGAAAUUCCCUAAAUGCGAUGAUAAUGACUUGAACGAAGUCCAUAAUUACUUGUACGGUUACGAAAAUGAAGACGCUGGUAUUGGUCACGAGUCAACCGAUCUAUGGAAUGCAUCGCAACAACUGCUUCCAUACACACAAGAAUCAAAAAAAUCUGUGAACAACAGUCAAACCAUGAACUUCCUCUCUCUCUCGCAGGUAAUGGAAGAUGCUAGUUUGAUGAACGAUGAUAUUGAUAACACUACGAAAUUUUUGGUCCAAUCUAAGGACCACUUAGCUAUAACCGACUCUGCUAUCUCCCAAAACAUAAAUGUAUUGAAUACCUCUAUGCCACGAUUGGCCUAUUUGAAGGGGAUAUAUGAUGGCAAUGAUGACAACGACGUCAGAGUUGAGGAUAGUGUAGACGAAGUUGGUGAACUAAUACCAAUAAAUGAGCAAGGAAUGUCGGCGCAUCCUGCAUUUGGGAAAGGGAACAUACCGUCUCUCAUACAUAGGAUGAACUCUAAUGAGUCCUCGAUAUUUUCUGCACAUCCAUCUCCUGAAAAGCCAGACAAUAUCAUCGAUUUGAGUGUUGGGUCAUUUAAGGCAGUGAAGAGUUUGGUCUCUCCUAUUAAGCCAGACGUAGUUCGAAAGGAAAAUGGUGUUCCCGAAAGUAUCAUGGGUGAGAACAUACAGGUACCAGCAACAAGGAAUCCAACUACGAUGGAUGAAAGCGCGCUUGCAACCAAAUUGACUUAUUGCAUUUCAAUCAAACUGAAACUUAGAAAAGAUAGAGUGACAGAGAACAAAAAAUCAUUGGAAAAUAUAUGUAAAAAAGGCUACAAUUUCAGUCCAUCCUUAGAUCAAAUGGAUGAGAACUUUGUCUUUGUUGAUGAAUCAGACGAUGAGAACGAAAAGUACGAUAGUAAUAUUCUGAUAGAUAUUUUCAGAGCUAAUAAUGUGCAUCCGAUGGAAAUACCGUCUCAGAAUCAUGUGCAACCAUCAGAAGCAAAGGACGGUUUAAUGUCUUGUUCUGCACAGGAAUUGAGGAGUGCUCUUAAACUUGCCGGAUUAAAGCCUGUGCGUACGAAAUCCGAAAUGGUUGAAUCGUUGGAAGCGGCAUCGCAGGUUUUAUCACAAGUCGUUCCAUUGCAGAACUCUAGGAAAGAGAUAUUCAGGCACCUUAAUUCACUUGUUCGUAAGAUACCGGACUUGAUGAAAUUAGUUUACACCUUUGAACCUAUCCCAUUUUUAGAUUUGAGAGUGGAAUUGAGCAGAUUAGACCCGUUUAUCGAUCGUAUUGACGAUCAAACUUUUCGCGAAUGGACUGACAGCAAUGGGAUAACCACCAAAAAAUGA